GUGUAUUUACAGAAUUAUAUAACCGUGGCCCGCGACCCAUUGUCAAUUGUUAGUAUCCCAUAUUUCGCCACUGUACUAUAUGAUUACAUACUUAAACAAAGCCUUCAGUUUUCGUUUUAUAGCACAUAGGCUGUAAACCAGAUACCAAAUAUUGACAGCGUGCCUUCCAUAUAUCACUGAUCGUAGGCUCCUUCUCUUAACGCGUUCACUUUAUUACCACUGCUUGGUUGGACAGCAGGGUGUAAUACGUCACCUAUUAAACCGUCCGUGUGUCUUUGUAUGUGCAUUCAUUAACGUAGCUUAUCUAUGUUGCCAUGGAAUCAGGACGCUGUUGUCAAACGCCCAGGUUUGCUUAUAAAAUUAUUACCUCAUCCCACAAUGAUAGUCUUGUGGUGUGGUAUUGAGUAAAGGCGGAUUUCGAAAUCAAGAAAGUGAAAGUUGUUUUCUAUUUAUAGAUUUCUCUGCUUUAGUUUAAGCUUGUAUAUUUUUCUACAUAUUAUAAAGAUGCUUCGUGUUUGUUACUUUAUAUUGUCGUGCUUGGUAAUUGGUUCAAUCAGCGUAAAAGAGGUGGUAAAAAACAAAUGGUCAGGUACAAUAUUUGAAGAAAGUGGUGAUGGUGAUAUAUGUGGGACAAACGAAGAGUUUAAUGGGGAAAAGUGCGUUUGUAUUGACAGAUUCGUCAACAGUACAAAAGGAUGUGUUUUAGGGAAUUGCUUUAUGCCAAACGCCUGCAACGGGCAAGGGGCUUGUGAACAAGGCGAAGUUUUGGAUAGCUACACUUGCAAUUGUACUGGAAUUUGGGAAGGAAAGGAUUGUGAAAAUACUAAGUUUUGUUCCGUGUUAAACCCAUGUAAUGGUCACGGUGAAUGUACAGAUAACGCUUGUAACUGCACAGAAAAUUGGUUUGGAGAUCGAUGUAAUGAACAAGGUAUAUGUCUGACCUCGGACUAUUGCAACGGUCAUGGAAAAUGCGUUCCUGGAAUUUCUACCAAUUCUGCGAGUUGUGAAUGUGAGGACGGGUAUAGCGGUGGACAGUGCAAGACAUACGAUGAGUGUAGUACUGCUACCCCGUGUAGUGGAAAUGGUACAUGUUAUUCAGUAGAUGGCGAAUGGAAUUGUACGUGUGACAAAAACUAUGAUGGAGAUACUUGUGACAACUCGGUUUCGGGAAGUUGUUCUGAUACGCCAUGUGGAGAUCAUGGCGCAUGUUCGGUCAUAGAGAACGGCUUUACCUGCCUUUGUGAUGCCGGGUUUAUUGGGGACACAUGCAAUGUUGAAGAUCCUUGCGUUGGUAUUACAUGUAAUGGCCACGGUGAUUGCAAGGGUGACUUAUCUGGUUCAUAUGAAUGUACUUGUAUUGAAGGAUGGAGUGGAGAUAAUUGUACAUCUGCUAAAUAUUGUUCUUCCGAGAACGCGUGCAAUGGAAACAAGUGCACCGCUGUUGAUCCUGAUUUUAAAUGCAAUUGUACAGGCGCAUAUAAAGGGAAAACUUGUGAUAUCGCAAUCUGCCCGGAAAUAUCGGAAACACACAACAAAACUGUAAUCAAAUUUCCUGAAGCUCUUACCUCCACAAGUUCAACAUCUGAUGUAAUUUGUCCACCUGGAACAAUUAAUGAAAACAAAGCAUACGCGAGCAAACAAUGCUUGAUGAUUGAUGGCUAUGCCAAAUGGGAACAAACCAAGUUUCUGGACUGCGAUACCCCCUUGGAAAUGUUAAGUAUAACAGACAAGUGUUCCGCCAUUGAAGUUAUCACAUCUGAUCUUCAAAUUAGUUCCGAAAGUGCGGAUAUCAUGGUUAAAUCACUGCUCGAUAUAGCACAAAAUGCGAGUAAUGAUGCAGAUAUUUCAACCUGUGUUCUUGUUUCACUGGAUAACUUAGUUAGAAGUGGAAGUGGCAUUUCGCAAUCUGACGUUACUAAUAUAGUCAAUCAAGUGGUUACCAAUGUACAAUUGAGUAAUGGACAUUUUAACGUGGAUAGAAAGUCCUUUGCAACAUCUGUAGUUCAAACGACUUCUGUUUUUCGAUCCACCUAUGCCAGCACAACACAACAGCUGUAUGGUUUCACUAAAGUUUUGUACCGAGGUGAUGGGUUGUCUGGUGUAACGUUUCAAAAUCUUAACGACACAACAAAAAAGACGGAAAUGUCCAACUAUGUACUUGUCCCACAAGGCGGAAGAAUAUCCUUUGAAGUUUAUACGGACAAUUCAACAUUUGUGGAUAAGAACGAAAACUCUUACAUAAACAGUGUCGUGAUGUCAGUUUCCCAAGAUGCCGAAACGACCGACAAAGUUGAGCUUAAAUUUCAACUUUAUGAUCGUUACGAUUUGAAUAGCGUUGGCGAAUAUUCUGAUGCAAGUUAUAAAGUGAGGGCAAUCUGUGCUUCUUGGGAUGGUACGACUUGGUCUCAAAAUGAUAAAUGUGAUCUCUUGUCAUAUACUGACACCUUAAACACCUAUGUUGAGUGUAUUUGUUCGUCAGCGGGAAUGUACUCCACACAAAUGAUUUUUGGCGAAACUGCAACUCCCAUUAAUGGACUAACUGAUGCUGAGAUUGCUGGUAUUGUGGUCGGAUGCGUGGCCUUUGUCGUUAUUUUAGCUGUUUUGAUUUAUUGCUGCUGCUGCAACAAAAAGAAAAACAAGACAAAAGUAGAAACGUUGGAACCAAACUCGACUUCCGCUGAGAAUAUUCAAAUGGAAAGUCAAGAUCAACAUUCUGAGUCCUAAUGCUGUAUAAUGUUUCUGUUUCAGAUUAUCGUUUUAUGUGUUUUUGCUUCUAACUUUGUUAUAGGCUACUAUCCUGUGAAAACAAAUAGUGUACAGAUCAAUAUAAAUAUGUUGUGCCCACGUUACGUCCCAAAGAAACCUUUAUAUACUGAAUCGGUAAUCGUUUUGUUGGUUGCAAAAAUAUUUGGUUUCAAAAUGUUCCAGAGCCUCACUGAUAUAGCCUACCCGCUGUAUAAUUUUUUCAUUAAAAAAAAACUCUGGCAUUUGUGUCGAAAACGAACUUUAAAAAUGCGUGAAACAUUUUGGCACGAAAAAAAACGGCGAAACAUGCUAGCUUAUAGUGGUGACGAAGCAUGGCUUCGCGCCUUUUUAAAGUUAAUUUUCAACCCAAACGAUUUUUUGGAAAAAUCAUGAAACGUUUUGAAACUAGAAUUUGCACUGGUCACAAGCUAAAUGCCAAAGGGUUACCUACUGAAUGUAAUUAUACGUUCUUACUGUAAAAAUACGAUCUAUGGUUGCAAUAAAAGGACGUAAACUGUUAAUUCCCACGAAAACACUUCUCUUACGCCUCAAGGCAUGUACUAAUAAAAGCAGUUACUGACUUGCUGCACAUUCAUUGAUUAAACUAUAUCUUUAAAAGAA